AUGGUCAAAAAUGAGGUCCUAUGUUCAGUAGACACACGGUUGCUACGCCUCACGCCACACGAUGACCUAAUAUACACACACUUCAGGCAAGACUUCCCCGACCUCAACGUAGCCUACAUCAAAGAAAACGAAAUUAAAAACAACCACAACAAAGCCAAAUGGCGAGCUUAUUGCGAAAAAUUUAAAAAUAUCAUUGAAGAUUACAGUUUUGGGACUUUGAUGAGGGCGGACACAAAAGGGGACUACUCCGAACAGAACACCAUACUAGUGCCAAGAGUGCAGUUUUACGCUAUUGAAAUUGCUAGGAACCGCGAAGGAUUGAACAAUGACGUGAAGAAACGGUUCAAAUGCCAGUCUAAAGCUAAUUUAGAGGCCCAGGAACACAAAACGGCUGUUGCUGUGUAGGUUUCCACUGCCACUUAUCAAUCAUAUUUAGAAAACAUGCCUGUUAUCUAAUUACGAUCAACAUUUUCAUACAUUUCGUAUGAAGUCAUUAGACUGCAGACAUGUUUUUCAAAUGACCAUGUAUAAUUUUAAGGUGUUGCCAAUAACCAUUACCUAAGUUAAGAAAUCAAGAAUGUCAAAGAUACAGUUCUGAAAAUAAAACCACUGUACAUUGUAUACCUUAUUUUGUAUGGUGCCUUCACAAUUCAUUGUAUUUGGCAAAGCAAUGCUCUGUAAGGUGCAUUAGGGUAAUUCCGAAAGUCGCAUAAAAAUCACCAUUAUUUCCAUCAUAUGAAGAUUCCCCUUUCGGAAUUUUCCGAGCAUUUCUGUCAUUCGGAAUUACCCUAAUGCACCUUACUUCUUUUCUAUUUUUAUGUAAGAGAAGAGUUAAGUUUUUUUUUCUAUACUUAAAUCUGGUGGAAUGUGGGGCACUUACACAACAAUUUUCACAAAUAGUAAUUCCAGUGUUCAAAAUCCUCUGUUACAAGAAAUCUAAUAAAUAUGGAGGGUUGUGUGA